GAAACACUUUCAGGGUUUAAGCUUCAGGUUCCAUCAUACAUCGACGCCUUUUCUAUACACCACUAUAUUUCUACGAUUAACUAAUGGCUGUUAAAAAGCCUACACAGAAGUUGUUGGAGACAAUACCUGAAGAUCUUGAUAUGAAUGUAUCUGAUUCCGACCCGGAAACAGAAUCAGAUCCUGAAUCGGAAUCUGACUCAGAAGGGGAUGAAGAUGUGAAAUUAGCCGAACCUUCUAAAACUGCUAUAUACAGCAAGGAAGGUAUACUUGAUAAACUUGCAGACAUUAGUUGGCCCGAGGAUGUAGAAUGGAUUCAUAAGCUUUCACUUGAUAUCCAACAAGAAGAAACGGUGGACGUUAAUGAUGAUUUAGCCCGUGAGCUUGCUUUCUACACGCAAGCAUUAGAGGGUACAAGGGAAGCCUUUGUUAAGUUUCAAGGUAUGGGUCUUCCUUUUCUACGCCCAACUGAUUAUUAUGCUGAAAUGGUGAAAACCGACACUCACAUGGAGAAGAUCAAGGGUCGGCUGUUAUCUGAAAAGAAGAGAAUAGAGGAAGCGGAAGAGAGAAGAAAGAUGAGAGACAACAAGAAGAAGGCUAAAGAAGUGCAAGCGGAGAAACAGAAAGAACGGGUCAAACAGAAGAAAGACGAGAUUGAGUCAGUUAAGAAAUGGAGAAAACAACGACAACAAAGUGGGUUUCCAGGAGGUGAGAAAGGUAGUGAUAUGGGUUUGCCAUUUGAAGUUGGAAAAGAGUCAGAUAAAGCUAAGCAUCACAAACGUGUUGGGGUUAAACCUUGGGACCGGUCAGGUGGGAAAGGAAAGCCAAGCGGUGGAAAAGACCGAAAAGGAAUGGGUGGUAAGAGGAAGAGCAGAGAGUUUAGGGAUUCGAAGUAUGGGUUUGGAGGAAAGAAAGGUCUGAAUAAACAGAACACAGCUGAAACGACUAAUGAUUUCAAAGGCUUUAACAAAGGUGAUUCCUUUCAGAAUAAGAAAAGAAAGAAGUGACCGUAAGUUUCUUCAUUUUGGCCCUUUCAGGUCAGAUUGUUGUUUUCAUCAAAUAUCUAAAUUCUUAAUGAAUAUUGUUUUUCGCAAUUGUUGUUUAAGUUUUAGUUUUGUCUACUUGUUUGGUUACCAAGUGUUACACAUAUUUCUUAUAAAAUACAAUUCUGCAGUGCAAUGUUUCA